UUCCAAAAUUCAAAAACCCAUACCCAGCGAGUAUUAACAACCGUCACUAUUACCCAAAUUCAAACUCUCUUUCGUUCUUUCUUCCGAUUUCGAUCUCCCCAACUAGCUCCUAUCUCUUUCUUUCGUUUUCUCUCUAAAUCUCUCGAUCUAGCUCAAAGAACUACUCUGUGAAUUCUCUCUGAAUUUUCUCUCGUAUUCAAGAUCUACAUUCUCCAAGCAGCCAUGGAAGAUAAACUAAUUGAUAUGCUUACUGAAAAGUUCAAUCGCUUUGUUAUUGACUGCAAUUUGAAUUCCUCAACAGAACAAUUGAAUUUGAAUGAAGCCUCUGAUAGUAUGGAUGAGAAUACUAUGUCUAGUGUAGUCCAUGAAACUACUUCUCCUUACGACGACGGUCAUACUUUACCAAUUUUGAAGAAAAUUCUUGACCUAAGUACCAAAGCUCAGGAUUUGAAGAGAGAACAUGUUUCCCUUCGUAAUCAAGUGAAACUCACACUUGAGUCCUUUGCUGGUCUAGGUGUUUUAAAGUCUAUUCAGCUUCUGGGUGCUGAAUAUGAGCUUUUGAAGAAAAAGUACAUGGAUGAGUCAUUUGAGCGUAGGCGGCUAAACAAUGAAGUGAUUGAACUCAAGGGAAAUAUUAGAGUUUUCUGUAGAUGUCGACCAUUAAAUGAAACAGAAAUUGCUAAUGGAUCAGCAUCUGUGGUCAAUUUUGAGUCAACUUCUGAAGAAGAGCUUCAAGUUAUAUGCUCUGAUUCAUCUAAAAAACAAUUUAAAUUUGACUAUGUAUUCAAACCCGAAGACAGUCAAGAUGCUGUUUUUGCACAAACAAAGCCUAUCGUUGGAUCAGUAUUAGAUGGGUUCAAUGUGUGCAUUUUCGCAUAUGGCCAAACUGGUACCGGUAAGACCUUUACCAUGGAGGGGACACCAGAUCACCGAGGAGUUAACUAUAGAACCCUUGAGGAAUUGUUUCGGAUUUCUGAAGAGAGACAGAGCAUGAUAAAAUAUGAAUUGCUUGUUAGUAUGUUGGAGGUGUAUAAUGAAAAGAUCAGAGAUCUCUUGGCAGGAAAUUCUUCUGAAACCACUAAGAAGUUGGAGGUAAAGCAAGCUGCAGAUGGAAGCCAAGAAGUUCCAGGGCUUGUUGAAACUCGUGUUUACGGAGCAGAGGGUGUAUGGGAAAUUCUGAAGUCUGGAAACAGAGUCAGAUCGGUUGGUUCCACACGUGCUAAUGAGCUUAGCAGUCGUUCUCAUUGUUUGGUGCGGGUAACUGUUAUGGGAGAGAAUUUAAUCAAUGGCCAGAGAACAAAAAGUCACCUUUGGCUAGUAGACUUGGCUGGCAGUGAGCGUGUAGGGAAAACUGAAGCUGAAGGAGAAAGGCUGAAGGAGUCUCAGUUCAUAAAUAAGUCCCUAUCAGCACUUGGCGAUGUUAUUGCAGCCCUUGCUUCCAAAUCAGGCCACAUACCUUACAGGAACUCGAAGCUCACUCAUAUACUUCAAAGUUCUUUAGGAGGUGAUUGCAAAACUCUUAUGUUUGUCCAAAUAAGUCCUAGCUCAGUAGACUUAACAGAGACGCUUUGUUCACUGAAUUUUGCCACACGUGUUCGAGGAAUUGAGAGUGGACCAGCCCGGAAGCAAGUAGACCUCACUGAAAUCUUGAAGUACAAGCAAAUGGCUGAAAAAUCCAAACACGAUGAGAAGGAGGUUAGGAAAUUACAAGAUGAGAAGGAGGCCACUCAAAUGAAACUAGCCACAAAAGAAUUCAUGUGCCAACAUCUUCAAAACAAGGUUCGGAAUCUAGAGAACCAGAUUGCAGAGGAGAGAAAAAACAGAUUAAAGCAAGAAAGUCGAUCAAUUGCUGCUGAGAAAACAAUAAAGAGGACAUCACUGAUUCCUUUGGAAAGACCCCCAUUGAGAACAAUUAAUAAUUCCCUACCUCUUCCACCAUCAGAGAGAAGGCCCUCAUGCAGCUCUUCCUUGCAAGGAAAGGAAAAUAUUACCAAAAUGACUUCAAUGGCUGCAAGAAGACGAGUAUCCAUUGCAGCAAAACCACCAGCUCCACCAUCUCAAACACAGACUCUUCUGCCAAGGAGGCGAGUUUCACUGGCAACAAUGCAUCCUGAAACACCAGCUCCAACAUCCCAAACACAGCCUCUUCUUCAGCCUAGGAGGCGAGUUUUCCGGGCAACAAUGCAUCCUGAAACAAACUCACUCAAUACCUCUGCUUCUCAAUUCUCCAAUGAAAGCAACGAUCACCAACCAACGAUAAGGGACCAAAGGAAAGCUCGUUAUUCAAGCUUGUUCACCCCAAUAUCAACAUCAACAACUGAGACAACACCAAAUUUGAAUAAGAGCAGCAGUAGUAGGUUUGCUGGCAGUCCAACUGAAGCAGCAGAUUCGCGGAUGGGGGCUAGGCAUCCAACUGUGAUUGCUUUGCAACGCAAAUCGGUAGUGUGGAGUCCUCUCAAGCGUAGAGGCGUUGAAAGUAGCAGAAAAUCAUCACUCGCACCAUCUUGGCGGCCUUCCACCACACAUAUGCAAUGAUCUUUGUUUUCUCAAACAAUGAGAGAUACUUGUAGUGUUUGGAAUUUUUUGUUUUCUCAAACAAUGAGAUAAUUGUAGUGUUUGGAACUAUAACAAUGAGAGAUACUUGUAGUGUUUGGAACUAAAUUGAUUCCUGACAAAGGAAUGAAAACAGGUUUAGUUUUUGA